AUGCGAAUACAAUCAACUGGAGUCUCACUCCUCCUCUCCACCCUACUGCCCAGCCUAACAUCGGCCUCCGGCUUCGACUGCGAACACAUCAAGGUCGACGGUUACAAAUAUGACCUCAGCCCCCUAAAAGGCGUCCAUGAAGUGACACACGGCGUAACAACGGACGACUUUGUCACCAAUACAACAUACCGCCUGAAUAUCUGCAAUAUCUUGGGUUCUGCCGCUCGUCAGGGCAAGGCGACAUGCGGCGCGAGUAGGAACGUCUGCGGCUUCGUACAACGAACACCAAAAGACGGAAAUGGCGGCACCGAAUUCGGCUUCCCGAUCGUCGGACUAGACCAUGGCGGCCAAGGCUCCAAGGAUCCCGAAGUGAAGCGAUUGAAACAAGACAACCCGGACACCGAAGGUCUCCUCGUCAAGCUGGCUGGUGGUGAAUACAAGGGCGAGGACAACGACCAGAAAGCCAAGGCUGCACGUGCUGUCAUUGAAUUCCAAUGUGAUCCCGAUCGUUCUGGACUGGAGGGGUUGCGCACAAUUCAAGAUAUAGCGGAAGACGCACCCGCACAGGUUUUGCGCCGGAUGGCUGCCGCCGAAGAAGGCGAGACGCCGAAGAAUAGCAGUCUUCAGUUCAAGAGCUUUGGUCCUGCGGAUGAUGAUACCUAUAUCCUAAGAUUGGAUUGGCGUACACGAUAUGCCUGUGAUGACUACCAGAAAGAGAAGGGUGGUGACAACUCUGGCUCUAACAGCUGGGGCUUCUUCACUUGGUUGAUUAUCAUUGCUUUCCUCUGUAUCGCUGCCUACCUCAUCUUUGGCUCAUGGCUGAACUACAACCGCUACGGUGCCCGCGGCUGGGAUCUUCUCCCGCACGGCGACACCAUCCGCGACAUCCCCUACAUCUUCCAAGACUGGCUCCGCCGGGUGAUCAACACCCUUCAGGGAGCAGGUUCGCGGGGCGGCUACAGUGCAGUCUGA